CGGAGACGUAACCAUCUUACCCUUUACCCACAACCUUAAAGAACAGCUGCCUCGGCUGCUGACCUCAGCAAUUGGCCUCGCUCGAUCGAUGAAUAUCUACGUCAGAACAGCAGAAAUCUAGAUAGCGCUUACCAGCUAACAGCUGGCAGUAGAACACCUAUACAACCUUCAGCGCAGCAUACACCCAGCAUACACUCCCUCCUUUCCAUCACUUGACCUGCUUCUGCGUGGAUUGUUCGAAUGAUACACGGUCAAUUACCUAAUACACCCGCCGCUACGGUCGCUGCUGGUGCGCCGGGGUUGCCUACAACUUCCGCGAUCUUGUCGUAUCCAAACCUCGGCGUAACGCUCAUAUUCGAAACGCCCUCUCCAUCGACGGCGCAACCAUCACUACAGCUUCACCGAGAUCGAUGUCGAUUACACGAUGAGGUACGGUUACUCAUGAAGGGGCGGGAGGAGGCGAUGAAGACGUUGGUUGAUGAUGCGCGGAAGGAGUGGGCGGUUGACGAUGAUGUCUUCGAUCAGGCUAUGGAAGUCUCUGUGGAGAAUAAGAAGAAAGAGGUGAAGAUGAAGGCGGUCGUGGAUAUCGUGAGUCCGAGCGUGAUCGACGUCCUUAUCAGCAAAGCGAAAGAGACGGAGGUCAAGAAGCGCCGGACGUCGUCUGCAUCAACAGCCUCCUCCAUCGCUCCAUCAAUACAAAAGGCGACUCCAAGUUCAUCAUCAACAUCAAUCGACGCACAUACCUUCCCAGCGCAAUCACAAUCCACCGCGGCCGUCAACGUCUGUCCAACGAUUAAAGCGACACCAGUCGGCAUCAUCAACAUCAGUGAAUCACCAGUAAAGAAGUUGUCAUACGCGGCCGUCGCUGGCUCACCCGCAAAGCAACCUCCUCUACGUUCCGCCUCCCCUCUUCGCUCGUCCUCGCCUUCCCGCCCAGCUCCUCGCUCCCGCUCCUCCUCCCCUGCCAAGGCUGCACGGACCGAGACACCCUCACGUCCCUCGUCCACUCCGGCAGAACACAACGCUACGCCCAUGCCACGAAAACUCUCCCUGACACUUCGGGACGCGAAACCUGCCACUUCAGCGAUGAAAAUGGCGGAUUCACUGGAGCGGAGACGGUCAUCGACCGACAAAGGUGCGCCGAAACGUGUAGCGUUCGCGUUGGAUGCCACAGAGCACGUCGAGGCGCCGACGAUCAACUCGUCCGAGGAAAGUGACGGGGAGGAUGAGGAGGACGACACAGUCACCCCCACGACAGCCACCACCACGCCCCUAUCUAUUGUACCUCCCAAAGUCGCGGUAGAUUCCGCCGCUAUCGCGAUACCAAACGUGAACCCACUCCCGAGGGGAAGCGUAGAGGAUGACGAAGACACCGUAUUCUCGGUCGAUGGCGUCGAUGAUAUCCCUGGCAGCUUCAGGGACAAAUAUAUCCCUGACGACGAGAAUGACAGUGAACCUGAAUCGGGUGCCUCGACACCGAGAUGGAGAGGUGCGGAGAGUAAGGGGGAGGAUGACGAGGGGGUGGUUGUGGGGUCGAUGUAUGCUACCUCUCUCCCAAUCCGAAUCGCGUCGCCGAGCUUGCCUCCAGCGAGUAUUAUUGAGGCACCACCCGUCAACGGCGACGAAAACGAACCCAUUCCGGAAGCGGAAGCCGCGGCGGCUCUGGAAGCAGACGGGGAGACGAAAAAGCCCAAGGUCGAGUUCGACGAACCGGCGAAGCUUCCUCGAAAAACGAAGGGGUUGGGAAUGCGCGAGAGAGGGCGGAUGUGGGAACAGGCUAGGCGGGCGGCGAGUGGGGUUGACAUUGGGGGUGAGAGUGGGUUUGAUGUUGGGUGGAGGAGUUUGGGCUAGUUGUCCUCAUCCCCCAGUGUGUUGGGAUGGCGUGCUUUUGUGUGAUGUAUGAUUAGACGUAUGGGUGGCUUUAUAUGGAAUGGAGAGGAGAGAGUGUGAUACAUGGUAUGGUAGGAUAGGGAUGGGUAUUAUGAUUCAUGGACUAUGCGUGUGUUGCUGCGUUGC